AUGUCCACCGGUGGCAUGCCUAAGAGGAUGUCUAUUGAUCUUGUAACCUGGGGAUACGCAAGGUCCCUUGAUGUGCCAGCCCCGGAACCCAGCCCGAAUUUGGUUGCGCCCUCUCAAAUGCGCAUUUGGGAGGGGGCAGACAAACGCUCGGAUGUCCCAGAAUCGACCUACACCAGAACGCCGGACCAGCCAGGCCUCGUCACAAUCGGCUACCAAGCAGGCCGAGUCUCCGGGAGGGGCUGGCUCUAUUCCGGAAGACCAGAGCCCUGCCGUCCCGGGCGUGGCUUCAAGAACGCUCCUGCUGCGUCGGGUCACGAAGAGCGGACCAAAUCUACGGAUAAUCCUGCUGGCGCCAGCACAGCUGUACGGGCUCUGGGUCCCUCUGCGCCGGCCGCUUCGUCAUCUGGUACUCAUCUCGCAUCUACCCGUGCUGCGACCAACUUAGCUCCUGGUCCUGGUGUCUCUUCGGCUGGUCUCCCUGGAGCCUCGGGGUCUCUGGCACUCGGCGGAACGACGGCCUCUGUAUCUGGUGCCUCCGAUGACCCGGUCCCAUCCAACGUACCUGUGACGACUCAUACUGCCGAGAAUGGGCGCGAACUCCAAGACGCGACAACGAGGCUAGUGUCCCGCUGCCACAAUAAUGCGGUGCAGAUCGCUUCGCUCCAGGAACAGCUGGAGGCAUGCAAGAAGGACAAGAGCGACUUGGAGGUUGAUGUCAUCCUGGUGGAGGUUUCCGUGAGGGCCAAGGAGCAGGAGCGACUGGACCAGGUGGUCCAGUCGCAUAACGAAGCGAUCCGGGAGCUGCAGAGCACGCUGUCGGACGUGACGACGGUACAUGAAGAGCUGCAGGUGCGGUACGACCGCCUUGUCAGAGAUUUGGAUUCUGUAACUGCGUCCAUUGCGCGCCCGUAAGGCGAGCCCAUCCCAGCUGGCUUCGGUGUAGGAUGAUUGGAUACGUCUGUGAGCCUAUAUUGAUGUA